GGAGCCGAUCGCAGGGUCCAGGCAGCGGCUGCACGGCUCACAUCACUCCGGAGGAUAAGCACUGUGCAGCAGUUUCGAGAGGCAACCACCUCACCCCAAAGCAGCCAAAAAGGGGACCGACUCGCUUUAGAUCAAUCGAUAUUGUCCCCAAUAAAUAAAGCAAUACCUAUUGCCCCCCUUCCUCCUCCUGCAGGGAUCGAUGGAUGCUCCUGCCGGCCGGCUCCAUGGCCAGGAAGAGGGUCGGGAGGUGAAAUGUAGAGGAAGCCCAAGGUCGGAGAUGGGGAGAGAGCAGUGAGCGGACAGGGAAGGGGCGGGGGAGGAAGUUUCAGCAACUUUCCCAGGUGGAGGAGUCCCGACAAGAAGAACGAACCCCGCAGGGGUGGGGGGCGGAGAGGAACCCGAAGAGCCACAGAGAGAGAGAGAGAGAGAGAAGGACCUUCCCCAAAAAGUGAUGCUCCGUGUGUGUGCGCCCAGAAGACGAGGAGCGCUGCGCUGUGCUGCUGCCUGCCUGCCUACCGCUGCCGCUUCGGGGGAGACUCAUCACUUGGCAGCUAAUUGCUUGAGCCCAUCCCUCAUUUCCAUAUGCAGUCUGUGUCCGCUGGCCCCGAGCCAAUCCCCUCUCACCCCCGCCGCUAAUCGCGAUGCAUUAUUCACCAUCACAAUUAUAUACCGACAUGCGCAAUCCGCGCCGCACCGACACCAGCUCAUUUCCGUAAUUUUGCAACUCGACUAUUUGUGAACAAUUUUUUUUUUUUUUUUUUUAUUUGCCACUGAUGUAUCUGCAAAAAAGCAGAAACGAGUCCCACUUCCCAGCAGCAGCAUGUCUCGUCGAAAGCAAGCCAAGCCCCAGCAUCUGAAAUCUGACGAGGAGAUCGGGACUGAGCUGCUCCCUAAUAACGCAGUACCCGGGGAAGGACCAGAUGAUGGUGAUAGCGGGAAUGAAAGUCGAAGUGGAAGCGAAGAGACCAACGUUUGUGAAAAAUGUUGUGCUGAAUUCUUCAAAUGGUCUGACUUUUUAGAGCACAAGAAGAACUGCACUAAAAACCCUCUUGUGUUAAUUGUAAAUGAUGAUAUAGCAGCAACAGCUUCAGAAGAAUUUCCUGAGCCCUCUCCUGCAAGCUCUCAAAGUGAUCACGCAGAGAGCGAGGUUGCAGAUGAAACAGUUCAGGUAGAAAAUAAUGACACUUGUGAUUUAAAAGAAACAGAAAAGGAAGAGGAACCUAUGGAGGUUGAAACCCCAGAAGAAAAGAACUUUCCAAGUCAAGAAGCCUCAAACAAUGCUACUCCUCUACCUCAGAUAACUGAUCCAGCUUCCAUGACAAAUUACAAUAUGCCAAACACUAACGUUACAUUAGAGACUCUGCAAAGUACAAAAGUUGCAGUUGCACAGUUUUCACAGAAUGCACGGUGUGUAGGUGGUACAAGUGUUGCCACUGCAGCUACAGCUAUGGCUAUUCCAAUGAUUCUAGAACAACUAAUGGCACUACAACAGCAACAGAUUCACCAGCUGCAACUCAUUGAACAAAUACGCAGUCAGGUGGCACUUAUGAAUCGUCAGAGCCUGCGUCCUCCAUUGACCUCUUCAGUUCCAGCACAAAAUCCUCCAAUUCCAGCACCCAAUCAGCUGCAGAGUUUUACCACACAUACAACCCUACAGUUAACACCUGUAGUCCCACCCACACUUCCAGGAUCAGUACCUAGCAAUCAAGCACCGUCAUUUGAGAACCCACAACAUACAUCACAGCCUGCCUCUGGAGCAAGUACCCCAAAUAUACCAUGUUCUGUCUCUUGUACACCUACUGAAUCAAGCACAUCUUUAUCAAUUAAUGCUAAAGCAACAUCUGUAACCCCUACCCCUGUUCCCAAUGCUACAACUUGCUCAUCUCAUUCACAAAGCUCCUCAACUCCUCCAUCUAUUGGACAUGGAAGCAUCCUAACCUCACCUUCAAGUUUGCCAAGCCCACUUCUACCUCAGAGCUCCUCAAAUAGUGUGAUUUUCCCCAAUCCACUUGCAAGCAUAGCUGCAACAGCUAAUGCUUUAGACCCCCUUUCUGCUCUCAUGAAACAUCGUAAGGGAAAGCCACCAAACGUAUCAGUAUUUGAGACAAAAUCAACCUCUGAAGACCCUUUUUUUAAACAUAAAUGUCGGUUUUGUGCCAAGGUCUUCGGAAGUGAUAGUGCUUUACAAAUUCACCUGCGCUCUCAUACAGGUGAAAGGCCAUUUAAAUGUAAUAUAUGUGGAAACCGCUUUUCCACAAAAGGAAAUUUAAAAGUUCAUUUUCAAAGACAUAAAGAAAAAUACCCCCAUAUUCAAAUGAAUCCAUACCCUGUUCCAGAAUACCUUGACAAUGUCCCAACUAGUUCUGGAAUACCGUAUGGAAUGUCUCUUCCUCCUGAAAAACCAGUCACAACAUGGUUAGAUAGUAAACCUGUAUUACCCACAAUACCAACAUCAAUUGGGUUGCAGCUUCCUCCCACAAUCCCAGGUGUUAACAGCUAUCUUGAUUCACCAAGCAUCACUCCACUGAAUAGAUCGCCCCAAAGGCCAUCUCCCACUUCUAGUGAAUGCAACUCCUUGUCACCAAAUAUAAAUCAUCCUGAGCCCUGCAUGGUUACAUCUUCUGAAUCUCUACAGUCAUCUCAGACAGUAACUACUGCUGUUACAAAAACUGAACUUGUUGUUUUACCCCCUAUUGCUGCAAGAACAGUUGAGCAGCCUGUUAUCGGACAAGUACCCUCUCCUGUCACUACAUCUAUCCCAAUCCCAACUCUUACAGAUACCAGUACUUCUACCAGUCUCCCCAACCCUGUGCUUCCAGCAAUGUCUGAUCAAUUCACGGCAAAAUUUCCAUUUGGUGGGCUUCUGGAGUCUAUGCAAACAUCUGAAACAUCAAAACUGCAACAGCUAGUUGAGAACAUUGAUAAAAAGAUGACAGACCCAAACCAGUGUGUAAUUUGUCACAGAGUCCUUAGCUGUCAGAGUGCUCUUAAGAUGCAUUACAGAACACAUACUGGGGAAAGACCAUUUAAAUGCAAAAUUUGUGGACGUGCAUUUACUACUAAAGGCAAUCUAAAAACCCAUUUUGGUGUUCAUAGGUCAAAGCCACCACUAAGAGUUCAGCAUUCAUGUCCCAUUUGUCAGAAAAAGUUUACGAAUGCUGUUGUUUUGCAGCAACAUAUCCGUAUGCAUAUGGGUGGACAGAUUCCAAACACUCCAUUACCAGAGGGCUUCCAAGAUGAAAUGGACUCUGAGCUUUCUUAUGAUGAAAAGAAUCUUGAAACAAUGAGCAAUUAUGAUGAGGACUUUGAUGAUAAUUCUAUGGAAGAUGAACUAGACCUAAAAGAUAUACCAAUUGAUUCAUCAAAACCACUAAUGCCAUUCUCUGAAUCAUCACCAGCCUCACCCCCCACUGUCAUCUCAAGUAUUGCUGCUUUAGAAAAUCAGAUGAAAAUGAUGGACUCUGUCAUGACUGCUCAGCAGUUUAUUGGUUUAAAAAGUUUAGAAAAUGGAUCUGGCGAAUAUGAUCAUUUAAGCAAUGAUUCUUCAUCAGCAGCGGGUGACCUGGAGAGCCAGAGUGUAGGCAGUCCAGCAAUGUCUGAAUCCUCUUCAUCAAUGCAGGUUUUGUCACCUGCACAUAGUCAUAGUGAAAGCAUAAGAUCAAAGUCUCCACAUGCAGUGAAUCAUGAAGAGCCUCCAGAAUUACAACUUAAAACAGAAAAGCCUGACAGUCCUAUACCUGCUUCUGAAAUUGAACGUGCACUGGAUCUGACAUCUACGAAUCCCGGAAGACCAAUCAUCAAAGAAGAGGCUCCUUUUAGCCUGCUGUUCCUGAGCAGAGAACGUGGUAAGUUUAAAAGUACUGUUUGUAAUAUCUGUGGCAAGCCUUUUGCUUGCAAAAGUGCAUUGGAAAUUCACUACCGCAGCCAUACUAAAGAACGACCAUAUAUAUGUACAGUCUGCAGUCGUGGGUGUUCCACUAUGGGUAAUUUAAAACAACACUUACUGACACACAAAUUGAAAGAGCUCCCAUCUCAGUUAUUUGAACCCAACUUUACUCUAGGUCCCAGCCAAACCACUACUAGCCUGGUCACCAGCACAGCGCCUGCCAUGAUCAAAAUGGAAGUGAAUGGUCACACCAAGCCGAUCUCACUGGGUGAAGGUUCCCACCUUCCAGCCGGAAUCCAGGUUCCUGCUGCACCACAGACAGCGAUGAGUCCAGGCAUCACUCCUAUGCUGGCACCCCCACCACGACGAACGCCCAAGCAGCACAACUGUCACAACUGUGGGAAGACCUUCUCUUCAGCAAGUGCACUACAGAUACACGAACGUACUCAUACUGGUGAAAAGCCAUUUGGUUGCACAAUCUGUGGUAGAGCAUUUACCACAAAAGGGAAUCUUAAGGUCCAUAUGGGGACUCACAUGUGGAAUAAUGCCCCUGCACGGCGUGGCCGUAGACUUUCAGUAGAAAAUCCGAUGGCUUUGUUAGGUGGAGAUGCACUGAAGUUUUCCGAGAUGUUUCAAAAGGAUUUGGCAGCUCGAGCGAUGAAUGUUGACCCUAGCUUUUGGAACCAAUAUGCUGCUGCUAUCACAAAUGGGCUGGCUAUGAAAAACAAUGAGAUUUCUGUCAUACAGAACGGAGGAAUUCCCCAGCUCCCAGUCAGCUUGGGUGGAACUGCAAUCCCACCAUUAGGCAACCUGUCUAGUGGAAUGGACCGAGCACGUACUGGCAGCAGCCCUCCUCUCAUUAGUAUGGACAAAGUGGGCACUGACUCGAUUGUAAAUCGACCAUUCACAAGGUUUAUUGAGGAGAACAAGGAAAUUGGCAUAAACUGAAUGCUCUUGCAAAGGAGAGUUAAAAAGGAAGACUUAAGCCACUUGUCAAUUGUACUAUUUAAUGUACAGAUUUUUGAACAUUUAUCACAGUGUCCUAUUUCAAAACAUACUGUCCCCUUCCCAAAAAAUGCAUUACCUUGAGGUUGCAGAAGAGAUGUCUUUGCAGGACUGUGCAUGGUACUUUCUUUUACCUUUUAAAUGACUGGAAUGGACUUUAAUCCCCAUUUAACGUUACUGAAUUUGUUGAGUAACAGGCUGGUUUAGGCUACACAAUUAUGUUUUCCUUACAUAAAAAAAAGAUUCAACUCCUUUAAAAAUGACUCCAAAAAAAUUGCCAGUUUUGUUCAGAUUAGAAAUAAACUUGAAAUUUAUUUGUAAAGAUUCUAAUUAAUUACUAAAUGUUCAAUUUAGUAUGUCCGAAUACUGUGGUUUAUUACAGUAUCCUUGUGGGUAGUAUUUAUAAUAACAUUAUGCGGGUACUCAAGAGGAAACAAGCCCAACCUUCAAUUAAAUUUUGUACAGCAAGGUACAUUCAAGUCUGUGCCCUUUUUAUUAGCAAGUUUGCUAUAAGCCAGUGAUGUUUAUUCCAAUGCAGACAACAUUGUGACAUUUUAUUUGGGAAGAUAGCAUGCUUUACCUGUGCGAGUAUCUGUAACAAAUCCUUUUAUUUAAAUAUUUGUAGCUGCUAUGUGGACAGUUGUUCAAUAUAAAUGAGAAAAUGUUGUGUGGAGAAAUAGUUCAAUGGUUGAAAAUCCACUUAAAAACUUUUUUCACUCUAAAGUAUUCACACCAUAGGAAACUGUGAAUAAAAAAAUCUCCGUGUUAAUUUCACUGUACAAUAAAGGGUAAUGUUUGUAUAAUGUGCUUGCAAACUCUUAAUUUAUAUGACUGCACUUUUAGAAUUUUGUACAAGUUUGUCUAGAAUUUAAAAGAAUACAUAUGUAAACUAUUUAAAAUUAGUUAAUUUGGUAAAAGGCAAAUGAAGUAAAUUACAUAAAACUAUUUUAAAAAGUGUUAUAGUUUCCCCAUUGUUAUUUCCAUUGUCAGUUUAUGUUGCAAAGUACAUUCUGGUUUUGCCCAUAUAACAGAGCAUUUUAGAAGAAGUUAAAUGGUUCCCGAAAAAAAUAAGCAACGAGGGAACAGCGGUUUUUGACUUACCAAUGAUUUAGCAGUCUAAAAAUGUCUAAGCUAAGGUUUAAAUCCCACGUGCUUCAAUUUCUGUGAUACCAAGACUGAAAACAGACAUUGAAGCAUACUUGAAAAUCAAUUUUAAAAGCAUUUUGAGUAUUUGUGUCUGUUUUGCCUUAUAUAUUGUUAACAGAAGUAGCUCUUGAAUAGUCAAUGUUAGCAAAUGCAGCCUCUUUAUAUUUAACAUUAAUUGUUCAUACUAUAAUAUUUUUACAUUAUCUUAUGGAGUAACCUCAAAAAGGUUUUACAUUACCGCAUGGUAGAAAUGAGAACAGAAAAUGUUGUAAGUGCUACCUCAUUUAUAUGUAUUAAACAAAACUCUAUGGAGGGGGGCAUCAAACACUACAGGGGUAAUUUAGCAAAGGAGUCAUUGUUACUUUGGUCUAUUGAAUCUGGAACAUUCAAUGAUGUGCAGGCACAAAGCAAAAAACAGGAAAAAAAGAAAAUUAUCCUGUACUUAACAGAAUUUUUAAAGCACGGUAAUUGCAAUGAAGUAAAACUUACUCCUUUGGUCAAAAUAGCCUCCUGGAGUUAAAGUAAUAGACAUUUUAUUUUCUACUAAAUAAAUUAUGUAUAGAUAAAACAAAGCAAGCUCCAAUAAUUUUUUUUUUACCUAAAACAUUAGUUGCCUUCAAAUUUCAGAAAUACAUUCCGCACUAUUUACUAUAAUUCUAGAAGAAAAACAAAAUCAUAAAAUCAUGACAAAAAUACAAUUUGCACUCAAUAGGAUUAAAUUAGAUUUUUGCACACACAGAAGUGUUAUCUAAUCUAUCUUUCUUAGUCAUUAAACUGUAAAUAGAGUCUGGAAGGGUAAAUCUGUGGCCAGUUAUAGUUGUUCUUUAGCUCCAGAGUGUUGUUGUUCUUUAUUUUUUCUUCUGAUGAAUUGGGGGUAAUGUAAAGUCUGCUUAAUGAAGGAUGUCUAUUAUUUAAGCAGGGAUUGUUAAAUGUUGUACAUAAAAGGACUGCUCAGUGAUAAUGUCAGAUAUACCCAUUAUGAAUUCAGAGUUGGGCUAAUGCCUGUAGUGUGGUGAAAGAGAUAAAUAUUUUUGUACUACAACACUACGCAAGGUAAAUACCUGCUUGAAUCCUGUGGGCCUUGAAACGAAGAUUUCAUAUUUCUACUCUAUCUUGCUGGCUUGAACUUAAUGGAUGUCUUAGUUUAGACUAUUCUCUGUGAUAUGGAACUGAAUAAAAUGCAGGAUAGAAAUUUGUUUGUGAA